CUCUUGUCAUUGUUCUGAGCCACACUGAUCGCAUUCAACUGUCAAAUGCAACAUGUUCGGAAUUGGGAACGUAGUCUGACGUAGAAGUUUGCUAUGGCAUUGGGCAAAAUAUUUCGAUAGGAAAUCUAAAUGGAGUUGAUCACAAUCAACAAUUAAACACAAUCAGUUACAUCGUAUUUACAUUAGUGAAGUUAUCUGGAACAGUGUCGUGGAUAAAAGCCUUUGCGACUGGCGAGUGUAGUGAUCAGUCAUUACCGUGUCGAGAUCCAAGGGCAUCGGGCGAGCGUCGCUAGUGGCGAGUGCGGCAACAUGUUGUCCCGCUGCGUGGUGUCGCAAGUGAAGCACAACUCCUACUUCCUGGUGGGUCUGUGCCUGGGCCUAUGGGUGUCACUGGCGGUGAUCCCCAUGGAAGAGGAGCCGGGCGCAUGUACGGUAGCGGCGGGAGCAAGCGGGGGCGCUGGCGCGGCGGCGGGCGCUCUCGGCGCGGUGGGUGGUACGCCCGAGGAGUUCGAGCCGCACCACGAGGAGAAACCACUGAGCGCCGGCGGGCAGGCGGCCGGCCGCAGUGUGCAACGCCCGCGUUACUAUAGCACCGAGCUUGGCAUGAGAGGCUCCUUGCUGACGGGAGUGCUCAGCUCUGAGGAGGCUCUCAAAAAUCAAGUCCCCGCACUGAACAGGACAGCUGCGCGCCUGCAGCCAGCACUUAAGUUCUUCAUCACGGCCAGCGCCAUGAGCUCAGUACCGGGGCUGGCCAAUGUGGUUGGCUUCACAGACACCAGGGAGAUGCUGAAGCCCUUUCAUGCCCUUAAAUAUUUGGCAGACAACUAUCUUGAGGAAUAUGACUUUUUCUUCCUUGUGUCGGACACUGCAUUCAUUAAUGCUCGGCGCCUCACAGAGUUGGUGUCAAAGCUGUCAGUGAGCCAGGAUGUGUAUAUGGGUGUGGUCGCUGAGGAUGACAGCCAUUAUUGCACACUGGAUGGAGGUAUCCUGCUGUCGAACUCUGUGCUGCGCGCGAUCCACGGCGCGCUGGACUGGUGCGUGCGCAACUCGUACUCGCCGCACCACCACGAGAACAUCGGGCGCUGCGUGCUGCACGCCGCGCACCUCUCGUGCGCGUCCUCGCUGCAGGCGCAGCGCUACACCGCGGCGCGCGCCACCGACGGCGCCGUGCCGCUCGGCGCCGCGCUCGCCGACGCCGUCACCGUGCACGCGCUGGACUCGCCGCAGCGCUUCUACCAGCUGCACGCGUACGUGUCGCGCGUGCACCUGGAGCGCGACGCGGCGGCCGUGCGGCGCCUGCGCGCCUUCGCGUGGCGCAACAGCGCGCGCCACCCGCCGCACUACCGCAACAGCACGUGGCCCGGCGGCCUGCGCGACGACCCCGGCCUGGCGCGGCCGCUGCCCGACAACCGGUUCGACCACCUGCGCUGGACGCCCUUCAACGCCUCGCACGCCUUCAUGCCGGACGACCAUCGGAACGUGGCGCCCAUCACCGGCGCCUACAAGGACGCACUCGAUUUGGUGAUGCGGCACGUGCGUGCGUGGGCGCUGCGGCGCUGGCCCGCCGCGCUGGACGUGCAGCUGGCCGAGGGCGCGUGGCGCUGGGAGCCGGCCGUGGCGCUGCGCUACCGCCUGCUGCUGCGGCUCACGGCGCGCGACGGCGGCGGCGUCACGCUCCGCGCCGCCGACGUCACGCGCGCGCUCGGCGCCGCGCGCCUCGUGCCCGUGCGCUACGUCACCGAGAGCGCGCGCGUCACGCUGCUCGUGCCGCUGCCGCGCACCGCCGCCGCCGCCGCCGACGCGCUGCAGUUCCUGCAGCGGUACGACGCCGUGUGCCUCGCCCAGGACAAGAACACCGCGCUGCUGGUGGUGGUCGUGCAAGGCGCGGACAACGCCACCGCCGCAGCCGACCCCACCAAGGAGGUGCGCGACGCGAUCAAGGCGCUGGCGGCGCGCUACCCGGCCGCGCAGCUCGACGUGCUGGAGGCGGACGCGGAGGCGGACGGAGUCACGGCCGGCGAGGUGCAGGCGCACGCGAGCGCCGCCGCGCUGUCGCUCGCGCUCACGCGGGUGUCGCGCGAUACGCUACUGCUACUCGCCGUGCCGCACAUGGAGUUCAACCAGGACUUCCUUAACAGGGUGCGCAUGAACACAAUCUCUGGUGAACAGUGGUACCUACCGGUGCCGUUUUCGCGCUACUCGCAAUACGACCACCCGCGCUUCCUGACGCCCACGGGACAGAAGCCGCAGGUGAACACGGGCCGCUUCAAUUUCCAGCACCACGACGUGCUCGCCUUCUACCGUAGCGACUACGACUCCGCGAUGGCGCAGUGGACGGGCGCGUCGGACGCGUCGGCGGCGGAGAAGCUCGCGCGCGCCGCCCUGCGCUGCGUGCGCGCGCCCGAGCCCGGGCUCGUGCUGCAGCCGCGCCGCGCGCCGUGCGUGCGCCCCGCGACCCCGCCGGGCCCCCCGCGGGACCCCCCGCGCCCCCCGCCGGCGAGUGCGCGCGCGUGCUGCGUGCGGAGCGGUUCCUCACGCUGGACCUGGGCGCGCGACACUCGCUCGCGCAGCUGCUGCUGGAGGAGCAAGCCGAGCGCGACGGCUGACACACACACACACGCGCGCGCACACACACAUGCGCACGCGCACUCACACGGCGCCGUGUUGACUCUUCGCUUAACUAUACACUAUACAGUUUCGAAUGUUUAUGCUGAAAUAAACUCAUGUAAUCUACAACGUGUUUUCUUGUAACAAUUAAGGUAUUUA